UAGAAGAAGCACCUUUCGACAGGUGUUCGAAAAAGUUGGAUCGUGUUAGCGGCGCGUCCAUCACUUUUCAUAUUUUUUUUUUUUUUUGUCGAUGAACGUUCCCCUCUUUCCAAUGCCACCGAUCUUCGGUGGCGCCGCAACGUCCGUCAGUGAUGUCUACGACGUCGCCUCGUCUGAUGUGGUAACGCAUAGCAGCAAAUUAGAACGACAUGCAGCAACUGUCGCAGGCAAUGUUCCUUCAUAUUUGGAAUUUAGAAAAAGUCCCGUUGUUCGCGGGAAAGGAUAUCGUCGUGUCUCAAGAAACCUUGUUCAUCCGAAGAGAACAACAAUUACGAAGAAGGCGCGCCGACGUCGCGUUACCACUGAAUUUCGCUUAAAAAUGCUCGAACCUCGAGAUAAGGAUAAAGAUGAAGAAAAGAACAACGACGAUGACGACGACGACGAUGACGACGUUGUUAUUUGCGCAGAUACUUCGACCAUAUCAAGGGAAGCUUCCUCUUGGGUACAAAAUAGCGUGCAUCACGAUAAAACAACUAAAUCUGUUGCUUUACAAACGGCAGUAAGGAUACCUUUACGAUUAAGAUUCUUACCAUCUCUCGAGGACACCAUCGACGAAAAUGAUCCUGCAUCUGCCAGUCCAAAAUCUGUCAUUUGGAAACAUUUAAGAUUUUUGGGACGUCUGUUGCUCUCUCAAUUCGGACUCGUAUGGUUGUUGAGCAUAUGGGCAAUAGCUGGAGCUGCAGCCUUUUGCGCUACGGAAGGUCCACGCGAACGUGAACAGGUCGUAGAGUUAAAAGAUAUGCAGAAAGACCUUGCUGUUGGCUUAGCAACCGAAUUGCGUCAAUUACGUACGGAGAACGAGGAAGACAUGGAACCCUUAUGGAGCGGCAAGGUGCGUCAAUAUGUUGCAAAACAUGAGCAACUUCUUCUCGCAGCAGUAAACUCUGGAUAUGGUGAAACCAACGACGGUGGUCAGCUUUGGACCUUCCCCGGUUGCCUUCUCUUCGCUGUAUCACUUCUCACCACUCUGGGUUUUGGAGCACCGGUUCCUCGCACGAAUCCUGGCCGUACCGCGGCCAUCGUAUUUGCAGCCAUUGGUAUUCCAGUGCAUUUUCUCUUAAUCAUGAACGUUGGUAUUUUACUAGCAGUUCGACUGCAAGAGUAUGCAAUUAAAAAAAUAUCCAAUAAGGACUUACAACGAGAUCCUAUAGAAAUAUCUUGUUACCCACGACCAGUACCCAAGUGGGUCAAAUUCGUCCCCUUUCUUUGUAUUGGUGGUUAUUACAUCCUCGGGGUUUUAUGUUUCGGCAUAGCCAGAUCAAGACCAUUGGCAGCGAGCGUCUUAUUUCCUUUAGAUUUCACAGCAGCCGGUGGACUUUCGACAACGUGCGGUUAUGUGCGUGUAUUUUAUGCGAUAUAUUUGGAAGGUGCUGUCAUUAUAGCAGCAGUAGCUGUCGCCGUUCUUAGAGUAUCGGCUACUCAGAGUUUGACCAAUAUCGGUCUAAAGUAUGGUUUACUCACUGAAGCCUGAUCAAUAAAGAGAGAAAAACAUUUUAACAAGCUUGGUUAGCCUAUUGCAAACUAAGUAUAUCCUACGUGAUUCUAAAAGAAUUCGUAUAAAAUCUCUUUUCUUCGAGAAUUGAAUGAUUGUUAUACAUGAAACUCGCACACGGGUAAUUUGUUGAUAUUUAAUUUAUCGAUAAACGAACAUAUUGAAUUAACUUUUACAAAUUUAUUAAAUCUUCGUUACUAUAUCAUAUUUUCGAGAAGAAGUAGCUUACUAGAAGAAAUUUUACAUUGACUUUAACAAUAAACUCAUAAUCAAAGCUACGCGCUCAUCAACUUUAUACACACAUCAAAAAAAAGAGAUCAACAUAAAUAACAUUUCAGCUUUUUUUAUUGCUCAUGAAAACCACAUAUUGCAUGUUGUAUCAUGUUGGUAGUGACAUCUGCCUACAUGACUAAACCCUCUGUGUGGGUUUAAUGACAUUUAAGUGACACCUAUGUAUAAACAGU